CGGAAGGCGGGGGGAGAUAAGUGGGACGAUUCCUCGCUGGCGGAGUGGCCGGAGGAUGAUCACAGGAUAUUCGUCGGGGAUUUAGGGAACGAGUGCAACGACGAAAUGCUCGCGCGAGCGUUCGCGAAAUAUCCGAGUUUCGCCAAGGCCAAGGUGGUGAUGGAUAAGAUGAAUCCGGGGAAGAACAAGGGGUAUGGAUUCGUGUCGUUUCUUGACAUCGGGGAUUACGCGCGGGCGAUGAAGGAGAUGGCGGGGAAGUUUAUCGGAAACCGGCCGGUCAAGUUGCGCAAAUCGACGUGGAGCGAACGC